AUGAUGGCUUCUUCUUUAAUUCAAUAAAUUCUAUUAAUAAUUGUCUAGCAGUAUGUCCUGAUGGAUAUUUCGGAUAAAUAAUGUGAUCCUGGAUGUAAGACUUGUAAGGGUUCAACAUAAUCUGAUUGUAUCAUAUGUUCAGCUGGUAGAUUUAAUUAUUUGGGAGAUUGUAUUGCAACAUGUCCAGCAGGUACAUUUUUAGAUACAGUUAAUAUGAGAUGUGAUACUUGUUCUUAAGGAUGCUCUACUUGUACAUCUAUAGGAAUGGGCAAUUGCACUACUUGUGAUUUUGGAUACUUGUUCUAUAAUAAAGGAUGCUACAUCAGUUGCCCAACUGGAUCCUAUAAGACAGGUACAACAUGUACAUCUUGUAUUUCAAAUUGUUCUGUUUGCAAUGAUAGUAUUUCUUGUUAAAGAUGUAAUGAUUCAACUUUCUACACUGGAAUAUUGUGUACUACAAGUUGCUUAAGCAAUUAAUAUGGAGAUACUCUAACAAGAACUUGUAAAUAAUGCGAUCCUAGUUGUUUAACUUGUUUUGGGGCUAAGAUAGAUAACUGCCAAAGUUGCAAUACUACUUUCCUAUAUUCAAAUUCCUGCAAUCAAUAUUGUCCUGAUGGUUAUUAUCCUGAUACAACAACUAAGACUUGUAAAACAUGUAUUUCCACUUGUGCCACUUGCAUAAAUUCUACAUCUUGUGCAUCAUGUACUCAAGGCUCAUUUUUAACUGGAACUCCACUUUUAUGCUAAACCGCAUGCCCUGCAGGAUUUUAUGGGGAUGCAGGAACUAGAACUUGCAGAGGUUGCUUUGCUGGUUGUAAGACAUGCUUUGGUACAACAGCAGAUAAAUGCUAAUCAUGUUUAGCGAGUGCCAGUCCAAGGUUGUUCUACUUUAAUUAUUCUUGUAAUUAAACUUGUCCAGAUGGAACAUAUGCUAAUACUUCAAAUAGUAAUUGUGAUAGUUGUCAUCAAUUUUGUGGUAAAUGCAUAGAUGCUUCAGCUAAAUGUACCUUAUGCACAACCAACAGAUUCAUGAGUCCUUUGAGUGCUGAUAUCAAUUCACCAUGUAUUACAGUUUGCCCUUAUUAAUAUUAUGGAGAUCAAAUCACUAGAACAUGCUAAUUAUGCGCAACAAAUUGCAGAAGUUGCACAAGUUCUUCGGCUAAUAGUUGCACAGCAUGCAUGAAUAAAAACAUCAAUAAUUAUCAAGUGAAUUACUAUUUGUCUUUGAACAGUUGUGUAACUUAAUGCCCAACUUAAUCAGUGCCUAAUUAAGAUGGAACUUCAACAGAUUAACAAUUAUAUGGUGAUAUUGUAUCAGAUCUACUUUCUUAUAAUUGUGUGUCUAAAUGUCCACCGUUAACUUACAGAAAUAAUUCAAUUAUGGUUUGUGAUAAAUGCCAUGUAUCAUGCAGAAGUUGUGAAGGAAACUUAAGCAAUUAAUGUUUAGCCUGCUUUACAGGGUUUUAUCUCUUUGAAGGAACUUGCUCAUCUGGAUGUCCUUCAGGUACCUAUUUAUAUUCUGUCACCUCAUCUUGUAUCAAAUGUAAUUCAAGAUGUAAAGAAUGUGAUGGACCAAAUGCAACAGAUUGUACUGAGUGUUCAGCUCCUUUGGUUAAAUAAGACAGGGAAUGUUUAGAUAGUUGUAAUGACGGUUAUGUGGUCGUUGAUUAAGUUUGCGUUUCUUGCCAUUACACUUGUGUAUAAUGCAUUGGAAAUGAUAUUUAAGAAUGUACUUCUUGUUCCCUUGAACUAUAUCUUCAAAAACUUUAGGAGAGUGAUUCAAGUGGUAAAUGCUUACAAAAUUGUAAUACAUCUUACUAUCCUGACACUGUGGACAACAAAUGCAAGCUUUGUCAUACUACAUGUUUAACUUGUUAAGGCCCUGAAGAGAAUGAUUGUUUGACAUGCAGUGGAACUUUAAUGUUUAUGGGGGGAAUAUGCAGUGAUACCUGUAUAGAUGGUUAUUAUUUAAAUGUUGAUCAAUGUAACCAAUGUAAUUUGUCAUGCAAUACAUGCAGUGGUCCUUCCACAAAUUAAUGUUUAAGUUGCAGCGAUAAGCUUUUCCUAUUUAACUCUUAAUGUUUGAUCUCUUGUAUUGAAGGGUACUUCUAGAAUGAAACUACACACUCUUGUGAUAAGUGUAUGGAAAAUUGUUUGACAUGUAUUGAUGGUACAACUUGCAAUGCUUGUGAUACUUCUAAAUUCUUCUUGUUCGAAGACAAUUGCUAUAAUUAUUGUGCCUCUGGAUAUUACUUUGAUUCAACUCAGAAAAAUUGUUAAAGCUGUAAUUCUUCAUGUAUUACAUGCACUGGUCCAGAUAACAAUCAAUGCUUGAGUUGUGAAACUGAUUAUUUCUUGAAGGUUUCAUUAAAUGCAGAUACCGGAGUAUAUGAUUGGACAUGUGAAUAACAAUGUGGAGAAUUCUAUUCACCUGAUAUUUAAAGUUCUGUUUGCUUGUUUGAUACUUGUGAUAGUUCUUGCUCUACUUGUUUGAAUGAUUAACCUACCGCUUGUAGAUCUUGUAAUCAUUUAAUUUUGUCCAAUUCAAGAUGCUUAAAUAAUUGUUAAGAUGGAUAUUUUGUAGAAAAUAACUCGUGUGUUCUUUGUAAUAGAUUAUGCAAAACUUGUAAUGAUAAUUCAACAAUUUGUCCAUCCUGUUCAGAUAUUGCUUUGAGAGUUGAUGAUUCUUAUUGUGUUAGUACAUGUCCAGAGAAAUAUAUUAAGCAUGCUACUCAACCUAUUUGUGUUGGAUGUGUACCUAAUUGUUAAAAUUGUGUGUAUGAUGAAAAAUUAUUAGGAUCUACAAAAUGCCUUAAAUGCGAUACUGAUUACUUUAUUGACUAGACUUAUGAUACUAAUAAGGUCUUGAAAAAUGUACAAUGUUACAAGAUAUGUCCCGAUGGAAAAUAUAAUAACUUAGAUUCAUAUUAAUGCUCAAAUUGCGAUUGGACCUGUAAGACUUGCUUAGAUUCUACAAGUUUGGAUUGUACCAAAUGUGGAACAGUUACUCAUCCAAAAACAGGUGCUACAUAAAUUAGAUAUAUGGAAAAUGAUGUUUGUAGAAUCACAUGCUAAGCUGGUUCUUACGCAUAUGCAGAUAGCAUUAAUGGUAAUAUUUGUUUGAUUUGCAAUGCAACUUGUAAGACUUGCUUUGGAGUUUUGGAUACUAACUGUAGCAGUUGCUAUUCAACAACUUAUCUUUCUGCUACUGGUUAAUGUGUUAAGGAGUGUUCUACUGGGUAUUUCUCAAAUGAUUCCAAUCAAAAAUGUGAAAAGUGUUAUUAAGGAUGUUCUAAAUGUGAUGGUGUUAAAUCCACUUAAUGUAUUGCAUGUGCGGAUGGAUACUAUUUAUAUAAAGACACUUGUUAAACUGGUUGUCCAGAUGAAUACUUUAAAAAUGGUAAUGUUUGUACAAAUUGUGAUAAAUUCUGCUUUAAUUGUACUGGAAAGGAAUCAAAUCAAUGUACUUCUUGUCCUACUGAUCUCUAUUUCUAUCCAAAUAAAAAUACUUGUUAUAUUGAAUGUCCUGUUAGAUCAUUCCUUAAUCCUUCCACAUUCUAAUGUCAAGAUUGUCACACAUCAUGUCUAACAUGUACAGAUGAUAAAGAGACUAGUUGUUUAUCAUGUCCACAGAAACAAACUAAUACUGAUAUAUAGACAUAUUUACUAAAUGGAAAAUGUAUUUAAGAUUGUGGAAAUCAUAAAUAUGGAGAUCCCGAUUCAUUGAUAUGCCAAGAAUGUUCAAUUCAAUGCAACAGUUGUUAAACAAAAAGUAAUAAUUGUACUGGAGGCUGCCCAUCAAAUAGACUUACAGUACCAUAAUGUGAUUGUCCAAAUGGAUAUUUGAUAGAUUCGCAUACUGCUGAUUGCGAAUAAUGCUAUUAUAAAUGUUCUACAUGCAAAGAAGCUUUCAUAAAUUGUUUGAAAUGUGCGGCUAAUAGGAAUCAAGAUGCACCAUUUUGUUCAUGUCCUCCUGGUUACUUUGAUGAUGAAGACAAUAAGAAUGCUGUUUGUUAACCAUGUGCUUGGCAAUGUGCAACUUGUCAAAGAAAAAGUGAUGUUUGUAUAACCUGCAAAGGAGACAGAGUUGGUUAAAGUUGUGUUUGCCCAGCUGGAAAGUACGAAGACUCAUCUGCUCAAAAGGAAAUGUGUUCAAUAUGUGAUCCUACUUGCUCAACUUGUGCAGUCAAAGCCAAUUACUGCAUUACUUGUAAAGGAAAUAGAUAUUCAACAAUAUUACCAGAUAAUCCAAUUUAUAAAUUAUGUUUAUGCUCAAAUGGACUUUUUGAGGAUGGCAAAUCUACAAACUGUCCUCAAUGUGACUUUAAAUGCACAAGCUGUACUAGUUCAAGUUCCAAUUGUUUAACUUGUAGAGGUGAUAGGAUACUUACUGAACAAUGCACAUGUGACUCAGGUUACUUCGAUGAUGAUGUCAAUGAUAAGUGUUAAAAAUGUGAUCUGUAAUGUGUUACUUGUGAUAAAAAUGGUUGUUUAACCUGUGCUGGUAAUAGAGAAGGCCCAGAUAUUGUAAAGAUUUGUAAUUGUCCAACUACAGGUAUUGAUAGAAGAUAACAUGGAUACUCUGAAUGUGGAACCUGCGAGUAUGGAGUGCCUUAUAUUAAGAUGAAGGAUAGUUUAGAUUCCAUGACAAUAAAUCUGGGUGGAAUAAUCUCAAUAAAAGGAAUCAAUGACCCAACUAUACCUAGCAGAGAUGUAUGUCAGAAAUUAUUCAACGAUGAUGACUUUGCUAAGUUAGGAAGUGGAAAACCUUUAUGUAAUGUGGAUCCUAAUAAUUAGAAGUAGGCAUUAAUAGUCUUUGGAAAUAAUGCUUAAUUUUUAAUAGGUGGCUUACUCACAUUAAAUCUGAAAUCAGUAAUAGGUAGGAAGGAUUGUUAAGGAAUAUUUUACACAAACUUCUUGGCAGCCAAAAUUAAUGGUCCAGAUGCUCCUGCUGCUGCCUAUGUUAAAUUUACAGGCCCAUAAUAUAGCAAUUUAUGCAGCAAGAUCAUAUUCUUCCCAAGUUAAAUAUUCAAUGAUGGUGGUAGAGGGUUGAAUAUGAAAUCAUGGUCAAUAGUCUCAAUUGAACCAGAAAACUCUAGUGUCAGAGGAAGAAUCUAAGGUUUAUUUGACACUGCAAAUGCCGCCAAGAGUAGUAAAAUUGAAAUUCCACCUUUGUUAUUAUCUGAAUACUCAAAGUAUGUAUUUAAAUACACAUUCACCAAUUUCUUGAAUACAGAGUUCAGUUCAGAUUACUAGGUUUCAACUACUACUUAUGAAUCACCAUUUGUAUCAAUUGAAGAACUAGCCCCACAUGUGUAUUACACAAAUGCAAGAAUCAAAUUAGUGGGUACAAUCAUUCAUUAAAGUUGUCUAUCUGGAACUACAGAAAUUAUAGCAUCAACAAUCAGUUAUGAGUGGAUGUCAAAUAAAGCUAAGAAGGGAACUGUUGAAUCAUAUCUUCUAUAGGAUACCACUGCUCUUACAGGUGUAAAAGCUCCAGAUGUUCAAUUUGUUCAACUAGACAUCCCUCCUUAUUCAGGAAAAGGUGGUUUCUAAUAUCAAGUAACUUUGGUAGCUACUCUAACAACCAAACCAAUUUCAGCAAAUUACACAGUUGAUAUUACACUAUUGAAUUAAGGAUUAUAAGUUGAAAUUGAAGGAGGAAAUAGAAUGAAUGGAUAUGCUGUACCUUUGAGAGUGAAUGGAUGGGCAAAGGAUCCCAAUAUUAAAACAGAUUAGAGUGUAGGAAUUGAGUUGGUAUGGAAAUGUGUGAAUCUAAAUACUAAUCUACCAUGUUCAGAUGUGUACGAUGAAGAAAUUCCACUUAAUAGAACCACCUCUCAAUUUGUUCCAGCAAAAAGAUUAGUGCCUUAUAAUGCCUAUAAUUUCUACUUGAAUGGUACCAAAGGUGAAUUGUUUGAGGUUGCUUAGGCAGUUAUUGUAAUUGUGGAAUUAGACAUCCCAGUUUUAGAACUCAAGAGACCUGAAUAUUUGACUUCAAAGAGAGUUAACAUGAAUUAAGAAAUCAGCAUUAAAUUCUUAUAUCCCACGAAGAAUCCAGAUAGUCUGUACUAUGGUGGUGCAAUAGUAUAUGAUUUCAAUGUAGUGGCAACAUUAAGAUUCUACUUCACCUCAAUAACUAUAAAGUUCUGGGAUAGUUUCUAUGAUUUAACUGAUCUUGCUUAAUUAGGAUUCAGGGCAUCUGUUUACAAUCCUCAAUUCUUCAUGCCUUCCACAACUACAUUACUUAUUAAUAUCAAUUUGCCACCUCGUAACUGUAAAAUAAAGGUAUCUCCUACUAGUGGGCUUUCCUUUGAUACCUAAUUCACUAUAAAAGUGGUUGAUUGUGAAGAUAGCGAUUCACCAUUCACUUAUAAGUUUACACUCUACUACUCUCCCACUCAAUACGACAAUGACAUUUUGAAGGCUGCUUCACUAAAUCAGAUUCUAUUACUUGAUUACUCAAUAGACGAUGAAUUGAAUACUAUUCUACCAAAUCCUUUGAGUGAUUCAGCUGUAACUCAACCAUUCAUAGUUCUGAUGGCAUCAGUAUCAGAUUCUUUGGGAGCCUUAACAAACCUUACAUCAUCAGUUGUAGUCGGAUUGAAUAAAGCAGAUCUUAGACAUAAACUUUAGGUUGCUGAGUUUUUGAAAAAGAGAGAAUCAUAAGAGGAUAAGUACUCCCCAUUACCCUAUUUCUUCAGAUCAAGAUAAUUAGCAGAAAUUGUGGCUGCAACAGAUAGAUUUAUCUUGCUUUAUUAGAACAGAACAACUUUGACAAUCCCAGAGUAAAUUAAUUUACUUAACCUUCUUGCUGUUGGUGUCAAGGAUAUCACUAUCGAUAACCCAACUUCUGAUCAAGAUACUAAUGAAACAGCUAUUGUCAACGCAGAGUAGUCUAAAUUAGUCACACUCAAACAAAAUAUUUUGGCAUCACUCAAAGAAUUGCAAUCCCAAGAUGUCAGUGUUGCUACUAAGAGUGCUCUGACCAAAUCCAUUGAAGAACUAAUGAAUGAUGAAGAUAUCUAAUUGAGUAUGAGUUCUGCAAAUAUGGAUGCUGAAUUAGAUAAAGCAGAUAGUAUUGUUUCAGCCAGUACCAAUGGAGUCAGUGAUCUUCAAGGAGAUAUUGAGAAUGGCAAUGUCGACUUCAAAUCGUUUAGAAUAAAAGAGAAUCUCCAAAAUGACAUCAUGAGAACUGCUGGGUUAUUAAAUGGACUAUUGGCAGCUGGAUAGAAUUAAAUGGAUUCUAUAGAUUCAACCAGUACAACUGCAUCAACCAAUUCAACUAAUUCAACUGACAGUAAUUCAACAAGUGAUGCUGAUGAAGCUUGGUAAAAAAUGAAGGAGAAUAAUGCAAAAAUGUUUAAAGUCCAAGAAUCUGUUAAAUUUGGUUUAACAUAGACUGCUGAUCCCAAUGCACCUCCUAAAGUAUUCUCAGGUGGAUCAUUCUCUAUGAAAUCAUCUAUUGCUACUCCUUCUAAGAUGGCUGAAUAUUUGGCAGGAGCAGAUCCCACUAAAGUAAAGAAGGAUAUCAAAAUCAGCGAUGAUGAUGAAUCCUCAGCAUCUGAUGACACUUCUAUCUCAACUGUUACUUACAAUUAAGCUGAAUUCAAUAACAAUCCUUAUGCAACUGACGAUUCCUUCCCAAGUAGAUCUGUACCAGCAUCUGUCUAAAACAUUGAACCAAAAUUAGCCAAUGGAUCAGUCAUUGUUCCCAAAUAACCAAUACCUAUGUCCUUUGGAGUCACCGCAGCCAAAAAAGCAGCAAGAUUAAGAAGACUCAGAAGACUGUAUGGCAGAAGAAACAUGCAAUAUUAUUAGGAUUUAUAUGAGUUAGAUGAAGAACCAGAAUCUUAAGCCAUAUUUUGUAUUGGAAAAGGUGCUGAUGGAAGUUGGAGUGCAGGAGGAGGAAACUGUAAAUCUGUUACACUGGUUGAUGCAACUGGAGCUGUUACUGUCACUUGCUAAUGCGAAGAACUAUCUCCUACUUCAGUUGGUGAUGCUAUUGCAGAUGCUCUAGCAUUUGAUAAAUUCGCUAAGGCAUUCUCCAUGGAAGCUUUAUUAGCCUUACUCAACUUCCCUUUCUACAAAUCAGUCAUUGUUUAUGCUUUAGCCAUUAUGACUAUUGCUUUAGUGUUUUCAGUCAGAUAUGGAUUCAAAAAGGAUAGGGAAGAUUAUGAGAAGAAAUUAUUGGCUCCUCAUUUUGUUGAAUCAGAAUAUAUUAGAAUCAAGGCUGAAGAAAACCAAUCCAAGAGAUCAGAAUAACAAAAAUUGAAAAUGGAAAAGCAAAAGGAAAUAGAGUAGAAACUGUAAUAAGAAUAUGAAGAAUAACUAAGAUUAGAAUAGGAGUAAUAAAAGCAACUUGAGGAAUAACAAGAUAAUCCUGAGAGACAAAUCAACACCAGUGUCUAGUUCCCAUUAUAAGAGGAAGCUCCAGUGGAUAUUAAGAUGGUUCAACCUGAUAUCGAACCAGAAGAAUUGAUGAAGAUUAGAUAGAUGGAUGAAAUCAAAGGUGAAUAAAAUGCCAAUCCUCCACUUUAAAGUGAGCCUACUUAUAGAUCUGAUUCUGAUGAUUCUGAUAAACCACCUAAUUAAGUAGUCUAUGAUGAAGAAGAUAGUGAAAAUAGUGACAACAUGGAAAGUAUCUAUGAAGUUCCUGAAAACAUUUUGGAUGUGAAACCAGGAGAAAAGCAAAAGGAACCUGAAAUAGCUAAAUACUUCAAAUAAUUGGAACCUGAAUUUUCCAAAUCUUCUGUGUCUAUUGCAACCAUUAAAUCUAAGAAUGUUUCAAAUCAAUAAUAACAAUAAUAAUAAUCAUAACAAUAGAAAUCAUAAUCAUAGCAAUAGAAAUCAUAGUCACAAUAAUAAUCUUAAAUCUUAUAAGAUUAAUAAUAAUAAUAAUUCAAAUCAGAGAGUAUUGCUGAUCUAGAAUAAUUCAAUCUAGAAUUAGAAAAGCAAUUCCAAUAAUAAGAACAAAAACAACAGCAAUAACUCUAUGCUGAUUAACCACUUCAAUAUGAUAUGGGUGAUAGCUAAUAGUAUGAACUUCAUCCAGAAUUGAAAGAGUCACCUAUCCUCAAUAGAAGAGAUAAUAUGACACCACCCUUCUGUCAGGAAUUACAAUCAAAUGAUUUACCUCAACUUUAAGAUGAUGAUGGAUGUGCACUUAGUGCCAUCAAAGUCACUGAUGUCAAUCAACCUGCUCAAAAUAAUUAAGAGGACUCAUUUGAAAAGGAUGUCAAAGAAGCUGGUUAAUCUGAAAUCAUUGAACCUAAACAAAAGAAAAAAUCAACAAUGAGAAGGAGAAAGAGAAAUAAGAGUAAACAUACUGAUAAAGCGAAAGAAAAAGAAAAAGAGAAGGAUAAAGAUCUUUUAGAUGUUUCAAAUGAAGAGGAAAAUCUCUAAGAAGAGCCAGAACCAACUUAUGAAAUCAAAGAACAAAUAGUUCAAUAAUGGCAUAGAGAUUACAAACGAAAGAAGUUCUUAGAAAGUGGAUGUCAACUUAAGUUCACCCUUGCCAAUGUACUAUUGUUUAUGGCUCUAUUCCAUAAAUUGUUAUGCAUCUUUUUAAUUUUUGAAAGAAGAUUGCCUCGUCCCAUCAGAUUCUGUGUGUUAUACAUGACCAUACUUAACACUUGCUACAUAAACAUCUUCUUCUAAGUGCCCUUGGAACCUUUACAAUCAGUUAUAUUCAGUAUUUUCUCGGCUAUAUUGUCUAACUUUGAAAUGUUUGUAAUACUGUUCUUGAUGCCACACAAAGUGUUUGUGGUUAGACAAAUAGGAUGGGGAAUAUUCAUAGGCUUAACUACAUUGUUAAUUUACUUCAUCCUAAUAGCCAUGGCCUUAGAAGCAAGCGAUUCUGGUGGUGAUAUUAGUAGAUCAAAUAUGUGGGGUCUUAACUUCAUUAUGGGAUUCCUAAACACUCAUUGUGUAUCAGACCCAAUUAAAUUAUUAAUUGUUUUCAAGGCAGUGCAAUUGAGUUUAUCAGGUGCAACUGGACUUUUGUAAACAAUUUUAGUGAAAAUAUUUGUUAAUCCAGCAACGAAUAUUUUCUUUGAGAUGAUUGAAGUGUGA